CCCCUCUGUGUAGCUUCUCAUCUUCAGUUGCACACACCCCUCACAAUGUCUUCUUUCGGAAAGCUCUACACCUACCCGGGUAACCCCCGUACCACCGCCCUGCUGGCCGUCGCAAAGGCCAACAGCCUCAACCUUGACAUUGUUCACACCGAGCCUGCCAAGGGUGUCGAGACCGAGUACCUCAAGCUCAACAAGCUCGGCAAGGUCCCCACCUUCGAGGGUGCCGACGGCUACGUCCUCACCGAGUGCAUCGCCAUUGCCAUCUACCUCACCUCCCAGAACGAGAAGACCACUCUCCUCGGCAAGACCAAGCAGGACUACGCCUCCAUCCUCAGAUGGAUGUCCUUCGCCAACACUGAGGUUCUUUCCGCCCUCGGUGGCUGGUUCCGCCCUCUGAUUGGCCGCGACCCCUACAACAAGAAGGCCGUCGAGGACAGCCAGAAGGCCACCGCCAAGGCCGUCGGUGCUCUCGAGGACCACUUCCUUGUCAACACCUACCUCGUUGGUGAGCGCCUCACCCUUGCCGACAUCUUCGCUGCCGGCAUCAUCUCCCGUGGCUUCCAGUUCUUCUUCGACAAGGAGUGGCGCAGCAGCAACCCCAACGUCACCCGUUGGUUCGAGACUGUUACCAACCAGUCCAUUUACUCCGAUGUUGCCGAGAAGCUCGAGUUCAUCGAGAAGGCCAUCCCCAACCAGCCCCCCAAGAAGGAGGCCGCUCCCAAGGCCGAGAAGCCCAAGGAGGCCCCCAAGCCCAAGGCCGCCGCCAAGGACGACGACGAGGAGGAGGCCGCUCCUGCCCCCAAGGCCAAGCACCCCAUUGAGGCUCUCGGCCGCCCCACUUUCGCUCUUGACGACCUCAAGCGCAAGUACUCCAACGAGGAGACCCGCGAGGUUGCCCUUCCCUGGUUCUGGGAGAACGUCAACUUCGAGGAGUACUCUCUCUGGAGAAUGGACUACAAGUACAACGAUGAGCUCACCAUGACCUUCAUGACCUCCAACCUCAUCGGUGGUUUCUUCACCCGUCUUGAGGGUUCCCGCAAGUACAUCUUCGGUGCCGCUUCCGUUUACGGUACCACCAACGACUCGCUCGUUCGUGGUGCUUUCCUCGUCCGUGGCCAGGAGGCUCUCCCCGCCUUCGAUGUCGCUCCUGAUGUCGACUCUUACGAGUUCACCAAGCUCGACCCCAAGAGCCCCGAGGACAAGAAGUUCGUCGAGUCCAUGUGGGCUUGGGACGAACCCGCUCAGCCUGAGGGCAAGGAGUGGGCCGACGGCAAAGUUUUCAAGUAAGCGCGUCGUUGCUGCUGUCGCCGGGAGUGCAUAAUGAUGCUCCAUGGUGAAGAGAUGACGAGUUGCUGAAGACUUAAGCCAAAAAGGAGGAUAAGGAGAAAAGUCGACUACCCAGCUUCGGACCCCUAAUACCACGGGGGGCAGCGAAUGGAUGACGACAUUCUGUCGGUACUACAACACAGAGACCGAGUUUUAUUUGACACGAGCGAUGCUUUUAGACGAGUUCUGUUUAAAAAGAUAUUCAACGCAAGUGUGCUAUGCCACGCUAUGACCACCA